AUGCCAUCCAAAUCCAAGAGCAAGGGAGGAAGCAAAAGUAAGAACAAAGAAAGAAGCAAGGGCAAAAAUGAGGCUUCAAAGGGUUCCAAGGGUUCUAAAGUCAAAGACCUCAAUUACCUUGAAAUCCCGCCUGUUGUUUUGAAGGACGUGAAACCGAAGAUCAUAUACACAACUUAUGAUAUUCAGGAUUACAGAUUCAAUCACUUCCGUUGCGCUUGUUGCAAAUUGGCUCUCGAUUCCUUCCAAGCAUUCAUAGAUCAUAGUUGCUGGAGAAAAUACUACGCUGCCAAGUACCAUCUGGGGUGUACGCAAGCGUUUGCAUGUCGUGUUUGUGAGGUUGUUUUCUACUCACAUGCUGACUACGCUGCCCAUGUAUGUUUUGGACAUAGGAGCUGUGAUAUGAAGGUGUGGUUUGAGCCGGAGGAGGUCAUUCCUAUAGGUUAUCGAACCCAUCAAGAUUACUACAUCAAUUGGGCAAAGCGUACUGAACGGGAGUUCAUGCCACACGAACCAGAUUACCACUAUGUAUGUCGGUGCUGCAGAUGCAGCAAGCGGUUCAAGUCAAAAAUUGAAUUUUUGCUGCAUAGUUGUUGCCUGUUCAUUGUCUUAAAACCCGCAAACCUGCGACGCCUCAAAAUCUGCUUUCAUUGCAAAUACGUUUUUCUCCAUGAGAACGAGUAUCACAAGCAUGUAAGCUACUGUGACUUGAAGAAGGCCUUUUGCGUUGACUUCGUACUCACAACUGCUGAGAUCGGUUGUCAACAGUUUGUCACUGGGCGGCACUGCUUUGAUUUCGACCACCAUCUUCGUCAUGGAGUGUGCUUUAAAACGCGCAGUCUGGAUGAGGUCAUGAAUCUCCCUAUUAAACCACAAAAACCAACGGCAGACACGAUAGCAGUCCAUGCCUGCUGUGCGGAAUGCGGGUUUGAGCAGCCUAACUUGGUUGAGUUCUUGUACCAUCCAUGCGUGACGGGAAAACGACUCACUCCCAUGAACUUGGAGCUUAUACUUUUUUGUUGUGAAUGCGAAUGUCUCUUCGUGGACAUCUUCGAGUGCGUUGAGCACCUGAAAUCGUGCUCCCCAGUGAGUUUCUAUUUCGUUAGACUUCACACACCAGAAUUGGUUAACAUUGCUCUACGGCGGUGGUCGAAGGAAAUGGCAGAAAAUCCAUAUCUUCCAGCACGCCAGGUAAAAUUUAGAUGUAGUGAAUGUGAGGAGAUCUAUCGACAGUUUAUCAGCUUUUUGAAACAUCAUUGUCCAAAGCGGGAGCGGUACGAGCAAAUUUUUGUCCAGCCGAUGGGUGUGAUGGAAACCUAUACGUGCGAAGCGUGUCAUAUUGUAGUGUUUUCAAUCUCUGAGGCCAUUGAGCAUUCAAAGGUAUGCAAGAGGGGUUGCUAUCCGCAUAUGAUACAAAUUCACUACUGCAUGGAGGAGGUGAUUGCCGCUCUAACGUCGUGGAUGCGGUGUCCCCAGGUGUUGAAAUUCAACCUCGUAAUAGGAGUUGGAGACGAAGCAGAUGAAUUGGUAAUUAGGGAAAAUGAGCUCAAAGAGUCACACAAAUUACCCGUAGAUCAUUUGUUGAUACGGUUUAAAAAUCCUUUGACGAAGCCUUCGCAACGCAUUGACGAGUGGAUCACCAAGAAUAUACGGAAUAAAUCAGAGCAUAAGAUUGCAGAGGCUUCAAAGUUGCGCAACAUGCCGCAAGUGGAAGGAAGGAGCAGACAAGCUGUUCAGGGUUACAUUUUAGGUGGAGGAUCGCGAAAGGAACUUCCUAUCUAG